CGUACUACAAACUGACAUUCAGCUUGCCACGCCAACACCCGCUUCACAAUUCAAACGAACGGCAUUUUAUUUUUUCAUGAUUGACCGAAAAUCGUGAAUGUUUUACACACAUUAAAACAUUUUAAACUUGUUAUUUUACCAAAUUGUGUUUCAUUUGCUGUUUAUUGUGCGUGUCGCCAUGUCCCAGCAGCCCAGCACUGUGUUGCGCCCUAAAGAAAAUGCCCUGGCCCAGAAGUCGGAAGCGGCGAGCGCCCUCCUGAACAUGCAGAAAAAGACAUUGGUUCUUCCAAAGAAGCCUACCAGCGAAAAUUCAGCACCAGACAGCAAGUCAAUGAUAGGGCCUCAUGGCCCUGGAAUCCGAACUGCGACGACGACAGCUGGUGGCAUGCGUCUUCCUACUAAAACAGCGCUUGGAUCCUCCCAUUCGGCAGGCUUAACUGCUGCAUCAAAACUUCAGAAACCACUGGUGCCUACUGCGGCUCCAUUGCAGAAAGCAGCUUCAGAGUUUGUGGCUCCCGCUCCGGUGGGACCCAUUAAGAAGGCUGAUGCUGCCUCAGUCCAGAAACCGAGUGCUGGCACAGGAGUCGCCACUGCUUCCAGCAACUCGAGCAGUGCUAACAAAGAGAAAGGAAAGACUGAAACCCAGGCUCAGAAGCCCAAGAAGACGUGGGAGCUGAACAACUUUGAUAUUGGCCGCCAAUUGGGACGCGGAAAGUUCGGGAAUGUGUAUCUGGCACGUGAGAAGGAGUCCCAAUUCGUGGUGGCACUAAAAGUACUUUUCAAGCGCCAGAUCGGUGAGUCCAAUGUGGAGCAUCAGGUGCGUCGCGAGAUCGAGAUCCAGUCGCAUCUGCGGCACCCACAUAUCCUGCGCCUGUACGCCUACUUCCACGACGAUGUGCGUAUCUACUUGAUCCUGGAGUACGCGCCACAGGGAACUUUGUUUAAUGCUCUGCAAGCUCAACCGUUGAAGCGGUUCGAUGAACGCCAAUCGGCCAUAUACAUUCAGGCGUUGUGCUCGGCGCUGCUUUACCUGCAUGAGCGGGAUAUUAUCCAUCGCGACAUCAAGCCGGAGAACUUGUUGCUGGGCCACAAAGGCGUCUUGAAGAUCGCAGACUUCGGUUGGUCCGUUCACGAGCCCAACUCAAUGCGGAUGACGCUGUGCGGCACCGUGGAUUAUCUGCCGCCUGAAAUGGUCCAGGGCAAGCCCCACACCAAAAAUGUUGACCUCUGGAGUUUGGGCGUGCUCUGCUUUGAGCUGUUGGUAGGCCACGCCCCCUUCUACUCAAAGAACUACGACGAGACUUACAAGAAGAUCCUCAAGGUGGACUACAAGCUGCCCGAGCACAUCUCCAAGGCGGCCGCUCACCUGAUUUCUAAGCUGCUUGUCCUAAAUCCGCAGCACCGUUUGCCGCUCGACCAGGUGAUAGUGCACCCGUGGAUUCUGGCACACACACAGUGAUGGGAUGGGACUGUCGAUACAUUAUCGUUUAGCGUUACCUUCAGUUAUUUCCUUUUUAGUUCCGAGUUUGUAGUUUUAGUUCGCGCCGCUUAAUUUGAUAAUGGCAUCUUGAAAUUUUCAAUUAAUUGCAACGAGAAAUUAACGUUUAUGUAUUUAGUUUAUUAUUAUUAUUAUCAAUACCAAUAAAGUUCUGCGUGUGUUUUAGAAUGCUA